ACAUAUACUUUCAGACUUUCAGUCUUACAGGUGCACCUUGAACAAUUCCUGUGUUGUGGGCAAGGAAUGGCAGAGUCUUUGAAGGUGGCAGUGAUCGGCGCUGGCACAGCUGGCCUAGUCGCGGUCAGGGAGCUCCUGCGAGAAGGCCACCAGGUAACUGUGUUUGAAAAGAACAACAAAGUCGGUGGCACAUGGGUUUACGAUCCACGAAUCGAGACAGACCCGUUGGGUCUAGACCCGACACGGGAAAUUAUCCACAGCAGCUUGUACCGCUCCCUUCGGACCAACCUUCCUAGACAGAUUAUGAACUUCCUGGAUUAUCCAUUUUCGAAGAAAGAAGGUGGAGACCCGAGGUCGUUCCCCGGCCACGAGGAGGUGCUCCGGUACCUGGAGGAAUUCGCCAGGGAUUUCCAAUUGUUAGAGCUGAUCCGAUUCGGGAAAGAAGUAAUACGAAUUGAACCGCUUGAUGGGUCGAGUCAAAAUUGGAUCAUCGAGUGGAAGAAUAGAGAGAUUCCAUCUGGGGACAAAUCAGAAACAGAGGAGGAAUUGUUCAACGCCGUGGUUGUAUGCAAUGGUCACAAUACUGAGCCAAAAAUUGCGCAGUUUCCAGGAAUUAAUGUUUGGCCAGGGCAGCAAAUACAUAGCCAUAACUAUCGGACUCCUGAACCCUUUCAAAAUCAGAUAGUGGUGAUAAUUGGAAAGGGAACUAGUGCGAUUGAUAUCCUGAAAAAUGUAUCUCCUCUUGCAAGGGAAGUUCAUCAAGCCGUUAGAGGGGUUGAUUUUGGAUUGAAAAAACAAGAAAAUUAUGAUAAUGUUUGGCAGUAUCCAAUGAUAGAAUGCGCUCACGAAGACGGUAAAGUGGUAUUUCAGGAUGGAUCAUCUGUUUAUGCAGAUGCCAUUAUUCACUGUACUGGCUACAAAUACCAUUUCCCAUUUCUUAAAACAAAUGGAAAAGUUAUGGUGGAUGACAAUCGCGUUGGACCUUUAUACAAACAUAUUUUCCCACCAAGCUUAGCCCCCGGCCUUUCUUUCAUUGGACUACCUAUACUGACAGUGCCAGCUCUACAAGCGGAGUUGCAGGCGAAAUGGGUGGCCAGAGUUUUGUCCGGCAAACUGAAGCUGCCAACUGAAGAAGAGAUGACAUCUUGUGUUCAAGAAUUUUACAAGCACAUGGAGCCGGCGGGAUUGCCCAAGCAUCGUACUCAUUGGCUUCUGCAGGAGAACCUUGAGUAUGAAAAUUGGUUUGUUACUCAGUUGGGCAUGCCACCACUGGAGAAGUGGAGAGAGCAAUUGAUUUUACUAAUAAAAAAAUCGGCUUUGACGUUUUCAGCUUCCACUUAUAACUAUCAAGAUGAAUGGGAUGUUGACAAGUGGAUCCAAGAAGUUGAACCCUUACAAAGCGCUGUUCCUACAAUUUCAUGCGGUCUCGAAAUGGCGGCACGGUCAUUAGAGGUAGCAAUCAUUGGCGCGGGCACAGCUGGCUUAGGCACGGCCAGGGAGCUCAGACAAGAAGGCCAUCGUGUAACGGCGUUUGAAAGGAACAACAGACUCGGUGGCACAUGGGUUUACGAUCCACAGGUCGUGACUGACCCUUUCGGUCUAGACCCGACGCGCAACAUUGUCCACACAUGCUUGUACCAUUCCCUUCGGACCAACAUUCCUAGACAGCUUAUGAGCUUCGCCGACUAUCCAUUUUCGACGAAAGAAGUUGGAGAGCCGAGGGCGUUCCCUCGCCACGAAGAGGUGAACUGAAUUCUUAAUCUCUGAAAGCCAUGAUUUUACCAUGUAUCAGACAAUGCCGCCUCUGCUAAUGGAGUUGCAAGCUAAAUGGGUGACAAAAGUAUUUUGUCAGGCAAACUGAAGCUGCCAACCGAAGAAGAAAUGAUGUAUUCUAUU